CGUCUUUUAGGAUUACCAUUCGACAAAGAUCAACCCAGCACCGCUGGUAUUGACGUUAAUGUUAUCGAGCUAUCAGAACAAAAUGCGGAAGAUCCCUGGAAAAAGAGAGAAGUGAAGAAGUUUAUGACCAGUGAAAGUGAGGCAAAGACUGUGUUAUACAAAAAAACUGCCGAGUACCUUGAUAGAGGAGUUCAUAUGAAUUCAGAAGAAGAUGCGCCAGAGCCAUUGAAGCCAUUAUUAAGAGAAGAAAUCUCCAAAAUCAAAUCGCAGAGGUCCACUGAACACGACCAGAACGAAGUUCUUCGGGUAUUUGUAAGUGACUUUGCUGGACAGUCAAUCUAUUACGAUACCCAUGGCUGCUUUGUAAAACCGCAUUGCCCUUAUGUUUUGGUUCACGACCUUUCUCUGGAGUUUGAUAAACCCGCCGUUCCCAGGUUUAAAGCAAGUUAUGAAGAGGAAGAAAUAAAGAUGAACAAUCCUUAUCGUACUAGCAAUUUAGAUAAUUUUACAUCAUGGUUGAAGUUCCUUCAAGGUUUAGGAGAAUGCCAAGAUCAACAGUUUCCUGAUAAAUCUGGUCACUUUACCACUGCAAAGGGUGAGAACUUUAAACUGCCACCAGUUUUAAUAGCCUUAACUCACAGUGAUGAGGUAAAAGACAACGACAGCAAAAUAGAUUGCGUACAGAAGAGAAUCAACAAGGUCUUAUCUGGAGGAAAAUAUGAAAAUGUUCUCCCAGAGUUUUUCGUGAUCGACAAUACAUUGGAAGGCGACGAUGGAGACGACGUGCGAAAGCUUCGUAGAAAGCUUUUUGACCUCUCGAAUGCAGUGGUUGACCGGGAGACUUUAAUGCCUAUGAAGUGGCUAGAUUUUGAAGCUGCUCUAAGCCAGAAGCUAUCACCAAAUAGCAAGUAUAUCCCAGUUGACAAAGCUAAGCAGGAAGCGGAAGCCUGUGGCGUUGGGGAGUUUGAUCAUGCUAUCAAAUUUCUACACCGCCAAGGUGUGGUCGUACACCACAGUGGAGCCAGCAAGGUUGUGUUGGAUCCUCCCUGGUUAAUGAAUCGCUUUACGAAAGUGAUCUCCAUGCCUGGCAAAUUGGAUGCCUUGUCCAGGCACGCUCUUGAUGUGUUCAAGCAGAAAGGCAUUAUGUUUCAAGAAUAUCUUGAGACGCUGGAAGACGCCGAACUUUUAAAAGAGCUUAUGCAAAAGUUCAGUUUGAUUUGUCCUUGCCAGCACGAGGGAAAGGCAGCUUUUUGUGUCCCUUCAGUUGCCCCAGCUAUGAUACUAGGUAUGGAGUUGGAAGCUAGCAAAAUGGAGUUAAGCGUUCCAUCGCUGUUUCUGACAUUUCCUCGCCAACUUGUGCCGAUGAGCCUGUUUACGAAGCUUCAAGUGAAAUUAAUUUCUGAGUGGGAAAAGCGCUUCCCCAAUCAACAAGCCACGCCUUCUUUCUACUGCAACUAUUCCUUGCUUCCACUUAUUAUAGACGGCGACGUGUAUGAUGUUUAUUUAAUCGACUUCCACGAGUUCAUUAAGGUCUCCGUUUUUCCUAAACAGGAUGGCAACCAUUUCAAGUUUGCCAGUCAUCUCCUAGCCACCUUGAAAAAGUGCUUGGACGAUCUAAAAUCUCCAGACCAACUAUUAUUUAGCAUGACCAGCUAUGACCUCGAAGUGGAAUGUACCUGCUGCUUUGGUAAAGAAGAAACAAAAUGUUCUCGUCAUCAUAAGAUCCAGUGUCAUUCAGACCGUUGUGGGCACCGCCACUUCUGGAAGCUUAGUGACCUUCAGAGAUUCUACAACGAUAAAUCCCCUGCAGUUUGCCGGUCGGACAAACGCUUGUCCAAGGUGUUUGACAUAAAGAGUGUAAAAAUUUGGCUCAAUACUGGUAAGUGGCUAAUGCUAAAGGCGUUUUUACUUUGCCAGUUUUGAAAUCGUUAGUUGACAAUUAUCUUUGCUGUGGUUAGGACCAAGCCUGGGUUAGGACUAUCGAGGGAUUAGUGAGCUGAAGCAAGCAACGUUUCUGUCAACACGGACGGACGUCAUCUGAAAAUUGGUAUCACUAAUAUUGGAGGCGUUUUGCAUCAUAGCGCUCAUGUAAAGCCCUGGGCAAACUACGAAACAUUGUUUCCUGCCAAUGUUUCGCCAUGUUUCCCAGAGUGGGCAAACACUAGGAAACAUUGGUGAGAAACAUAGGGAAACAUCAAAUGUUUCUGAAGUUGGUAGGAAACAUUUUGCUUCCCGGGAAGCAAGUUUUGUUUCCGCAACAAUGUUUCCACGGAUGGGCAAACGUGGAAACAUUUGAGGAAACAUCGAGAAUCACAAAUGUUUCCGCAACAAUGUUUCCUAGUUUACCCAGCGCUUAAGGAAGCAAAAAAGUUUAAAAACCUUACGUUUUGUGAUAUGUGUUGAAGAUUACCACAAACAGACAAACUGAUACAAACACAGUUUUUAAUCCAGUCCCCCCUCGGCAAUCUGACGUCCGUGUUGACAAAAACGUCCUUUCCCUAAAGCUGGAGUAAUACGAGCAACAAAAUUGCUGCAACUUGCAACAAAAUCUGAUUUCAAGGCAUGUUAAGUAGGAAUGUCGACACAUGUUGCCGCGUGAUUUGUAAUGUAUGUGUAAACAUUUUCAAUUAACAUGCGUAGAAAUCAGAUUUUGUUGCAAGUUGCAGCAAUUUUGUUGCCCGUAUUACUCCACCUUAAGCUCCCUAAUAUAAUACGGCUCCCUAAUAUAAUACAGAUUUAGUAAGACAAACGUUUUGUCUCGUCGCCUGUCGGACCCAAUGUUGUCAAAGAGAGCCGCUCGCAGCCUACACAACAUCAGAAUGGGUAAAGUUGUAGUUGACAAUUAUAAUAGGCAUAUAAGUAAGAAUUAAAGUACAGGUAAACAAAUUAAAUGAUGGUAAAGUAUCUCCUGAUAAGGUUUUAUAUUCUUGUGGUGAAAGCAAUAUUUUACUCAUUCACUAUACGCUUAUUCGUAAAGUAUUAUUUGCACUACUCGAAAUAGAAUGCAUAUCUUAAUUCGUGCAGCCAUAUAUCCCCCUAUAUGUUUAAUUGUUUCAUCCGUUUUUUUCAAGUGCCUGAUACAGCUAUGGUAGAAGACAGCUCGAACUUUAGAUGGCCAAAUGAAACCUCAAGUGAAGCUUCAAGCUCAGGUAAUUGUUUUGUUACGGUUAGACUUUGACUAUACAUUCACAUUUGUUUGCAAUUUACAUUUCCGAUUUUGGAAGACCAUAUAUUUCUCGGCACACUUUGUAGGUACCGUGUGUGUUUUCAUCAGAAUUUUUUGCAGCAUUUUUAUUGAAUAUAAUUCAUAAAAGCUGGUAGUGCCUAAGCUUUAAUGUUCUUUUGUACGGGACUUUAAGUUGUUGCGUUAUUUCUAUGGCUCUUUAAAGAGGUAUCAAGGGAACCGAUCAGUUGGCCUGUUCUUGAUUACAGGCCAUAGGACGUUUUAGUCAUAAGCGUUGUAGAUAAUUUUCUCUCAUGUAUCUAUGUUUUUAAUCAUUUUUUUGUUGUAAUAUGUGGUUUUAAAUUACUCGCAGGUUCUCAAUCGACAGGAGACUCCUAUCCCAAAGGAUCUAUGAACGGUAUGAAUCAAUAAUAUAAUAAUCAUCACUAUUAUUACCUCCGCCAGGAAGUCAUGUUUUUAUCUGCGUUUGUACAGUCUGUCAAGAUAUGAUGGUCUUGAAUCCCGGCAAACUUCAAAGCUACAAAAUAGAAGAGCUUUGUUUGAUGUUGAAUUGUACCUCACCGUGCACAAAUCCUUUCUCUCAACUUCAUUAAAUAUUAUUCAUCGUCGUUGCACGUUUCAUCUCAGCUAUCCCUAUUGGAUGAUUACUUCAUUAUACAAAAAUACAAUAAGCUCAAUCACCUUGACCGUGCACGAAUUAAUAUAAACUCAGAUAAAAACAUAAUACAAUGACUUCUGUUGAGUUUCCAGACCAUCAUAUCUUGAUAGACUAUGGUUUGUAUUCAUAUUUCACUGUAUUUUUUUUAUUUGGGCCCCCCUUUAACUGGGACCACAGGGCAAAUUGCCCCUCCACCUCUAUGGGCGGCCUUGACAGCACCUGCAGUUACGACUAUCUAUGACAGCAUACAAUAUAUAGUUUCAUAAUAACAUGCUUGCAGGAAAGAAAUAUUUUUGUCUUGGCGAAUGAAAGGCGGCUUAGGCGUGCCAAACUUCUAAAGGAGUUCCAGGGACAAUACAUAUGUCCCACUCAAAGUCAUCGAACAUUUUGUCAGACGGUUCUCUGACCGAUUUUUAAGGCCUGGUCAUUACAUGCACUUUUCAAUUGUAUUGAAUUGAAUUCUUGUAAUUGUGAAAAUGUGAUUUGGCUCUUUCACAUUCUACACGAACCUUUGUAGAACUGAAAAUGAUUUUUUAGUGCCAGUAUAAAUAAAGUUAGUUUAGUUUAGGUUUUCUCCUGUAGCAACACUGGACCAAUAAGAGAUAAUCCUUUUUGGAUCUCUAGGAAGAACAGUUUAGAGCUAGUGAUAGAGCUAUCCAGUAUAAAUAAAGUUAGUUUAGUUUAGGUUUCCUCCUGUAAUAACACUGGAUCGAUAAGAGAUUAUCUUUACUGGGCCUCCAGGGAAACCUAAACUAAACUAAUAAAUAAAUAUAUUAGUUUAGUUUAGGUUUCCGCCCGUAUAGUAACACUGGAGCAACAGGAGAUCUUAGAAGACCUAUGGAGAGAACAGUUUAGAACUGGUAAAGGUAUCCUAAAUAAAUAAAUUUAGCCUAAUUUACUGUAGUUUAUCUAUGGUCUUAACUAAGACUUUUGUCUAACAUGCCUGAGCGUUAAGGUCAUGUUACACGGUGCAAUUUUUCUUGCAACUUGCAAUGCAAUUCUACUCUUGAGAGAUGUUUUAACAUCUAAUUAAAAUUGGUGAAAUCAGUGAAGAAUUUUCGAUAUGUUGAGAAAACAUCAGCGGAGUCAUAGAGAUUAUAAAUAACACUAGAGGAGGCAUCGAGUUUAAAAAUUGGGAACGCAGCUAAUGGGGGGCAAAUUCAAGUCUCGGAUAUAAAAUCGUGCUCUCAUUGGCUAAUUUGAAAGUCGUCACCAAUGAGUACACGAAUACACAUCCGGGACUUGAAUUUGCCCCCCAAUAGUCGCGUUCCCUUUUUUUUUACUGAAUUAAGAUUACAAUGCCUCCUCUAGUGUUAUUUAUAAUCUCUAUGAGCGGAGUGUAAUGAAGACUCGUAUUUGGCAAUUUUACAUCUCUCAAGAGUAGAAUUGCAUUGCAAGUUGCAAGAAAAAUUGCACCGUGUAACAUGGCCUUUAGUGAAUAUGGUGGGCUUAUACACGGGUGGUCUUAUAUUCGGAAGUUUACGGUAUCAGUGUUUUCUUUUUUCAAACAGAAAUAACGGGUUUCGAUGAUGAAGUUUGUGAACGGCACGUAUCGUGGUUGGCGCGACAUCUAAGCAAGGAUGUCGAAAAAGUUGCAAUGCUGUUAGAAGUUGACGCGGUUGAAAUCGAAGCUAUUAAACAAGGCGAACCCCUGCCAGAAAGACGAAACAUUGAAAUCCUUAACUCGUGGAGAAAUGCCGAAAUAAAGCUUGGAAAGAAACCAACGUGGGACAAAAUUCGUUUAUGCUUGGAAGAUGAAACCGUUGGACGGUGUGAUGUCAUUCGUGCUCUUUUGAAAGAAGACGAGUUGGAUUGCCGUGUUUUGUUGUGGCUUGCACCCCGCAUUGCAGCGUCGUUUCGAAACUACGCUCGCGUUCUUGGCGUGCCAGAAUGUGAAAUAGAUAUGUCCAGUCAGAAUUUUGAAGGUGUUGAGAGAAGCUGUAUGGAUGUUUUGCAAAGAUGGCGACGAAAGACAAGGAAUCCUAAAGUUGAAGACUUGAUACAAGCUUUAGAAGAUGAUAUUAUAAACAGACCUGAUCUAGCCGAAGAAAUGAGAGAGAAGUUUUGUAAUCACGAAGUCAAAGUAAGUGAUAAAGAUGGGAAUGUCCUGUGGUGUAUUGAUUUGAAUGAAAUACUCUGUGUAAGUGUCAAGACUGCCAUAAACUAGCUUUGUUUAGACUGGGUAACUCUAGUUCUAGCUGUGCUACACAAAGAGGUCCAGUAAGAAUCAUCCCUUAUUGAUCCAGUGGAGAAAACCAGAAUACCUGGCGAAAACCGGCUGAAUUUGGUUGAGUCCGCUUUGUAUAUAACUACUCACAAUUACACUUAAUUAAACGAUGAAGAAAUCUUUUUUAUUUAAGGAUGAGGUCCUGAGCCAGUUGGACAACCUGUCAAUAUGAGCAAGCCAAGGUUGAAGAUUUGAUACAAGCUUUAGAACAUGAUGUUACAGUAAAACCCGCAUAUAAGAACCUAGAUUUUCCAAGUUAGCCUAAACAGGUUCUUAUGUAUAUGGGGCCGGUUGUACGAAAGCCGUUUAACUUAAACGGUGUUUAGCCGCUAACCAGCGUAUAAAUUUCUCAUCCAGCGGAUAGUUAAACGGCCGAUAAAAUUGCGUUGUACGAAGCCCGUUUAGUACCGCGUUUAACUAUCCGUAGGAUAACCUUUAAUUUAACCGGAGAAAACCGGAUUUUCUUGAAAUUUCUUACCUCUACGUCAGCUGUUGCUAGGCCUUUGUAAACUUUUGAAGCUUUAUCUAACUUGUGAAUUCCACUAAGCUUUUGCAAUAAAGUUUGUUGUUGUUUUUAUUUGGAGUUUGCUCGUCCAUUCAUUGCUGCAAAUCUAUAUCAAACUUUUCUUUUUCACAUUGUGCUGAGUUUCUCAUUCACUUAUUAAUAAAUUCACUUUUACGGAUAUUUCUUUAAAGAUUUUUGGCUUCUUUAUGCGAAGAGUCGAAGCCAAUAGCGAAAACUGUGAGUUGUGUUUGGCUUUUGUCAGUUGAUUCAGUUUUAUACUGUUUGAAAUUUGUUCCUCGACCAUGCACUUUUGUUCAAAACAAUUUUAAGAACAUUUUGUCCCACGUUUUGAUUGGCUGAUCAAAGCGAUUAACGCGAGCGAACAAACUUUUUUCGACUUUCGGCGUCUUGUUGUCUAUUUUGUAUACUUGUUGGCUUUCCAAAGUUAUUGUUGUUUUAAAAUAGCUAAAAUUGGGAGUCUUACUGCUUGUUUUCAAACUAUAUAAUAGAAGAAAAGAAGGAGAAAAAGUCAGAGUAUACGUCUAAACACUGACACUGGCGUGCGUAAAUAUAGCAAAGCCACGGAAUUACAAGUGAGCAAGUUACCUCAGUGUACCUCAAGAUCAAGCCAGUUAAAAGUGAGUUUCCAUGUUUAUUGGAUUUAAAAAGAUAACUCCUCUACAUGAUUGUGCAUUUUUAUAACUAUCCCAUGCUUUUUCAUCCGAAAUAAUCAUUGUUUUAUCUUCAAACUCCGAGUUUACCCGCUGUAUAGCGAUUUAAACGGUCUCAAGAGACCGUUUAAGGUGGCUCCCUACAGUUAUUCUUGUUUAAGCAAUAAUUCCGUAAAACAGGCUUAUUCGUGCAGAACGCGAAUUCUUUUCGACUUGGUGGCAAUAUUGGUCACCUAAGGAAUAUUUUGAACUAGAUUUCGACGAUGUCAAUGUUCCCAUGGCAACAUGACGACAGCAUAAAGCCUUCCAAUUUAACC